CCCCGAAGCAGCUCUUAGCAAGGGCGCCAUAAUGGAUAGGGAAAAAGUACCCCUUCGUUCUCGUAAACGAAGCAAGUUUCGAUUCAUUUAAGCCCAUAAAUCCACGUAUAAGGGUGGUAUCGGGAACAUGGUGAUAUUUGUUUUCGUUGUCGAUACCUCUGCGUCUAUGAACCAGCGAACGUCUAUUGGCACUACGUUGCUUGACGUCGCCAAAAAUGCCGUGGAAACCUUCACAAAGGUAAUUUAUUUGCCCUCUGUUCAGUCUGAAGGCUUAGAACAAAAGUUUUUUUAUUUAUCUGACUGGUAAAAUUUGUCUCAUUCAGCUUCGGCAACGAGAUCAAGCGAGUAGAACUGAUCGAUAUAUGUUGGUGACGUUGGAGGAGCCGCCAGGAGCAAUAAAGGUAUGGCCCUAUCGUGAGCUGCUAUGAAGCUCCUAUCUGCCGAGAUUGUUCCAUAAUACUCUACCUUGGGAAGUCCGGUCACUGUCAGAAAAUCGCCCAUAAAAGAAAAAUUAUCUGUGGCAAAGUGCAUUUCUAGCCUUAAAAGUUUGUUGUUGUUAAUUUUCAAGAAUUUUGUUGUCUUUUAAGACUUUGUUUAGUCACGUUUACAACUCGAAAGGAACCAUGGGUAUUGUUUUGAAAUAAUCGUUUUAAAAUCCUAAACCCGCUGCUGACAGUCAUUUUUGUAGCUAUCUUUUCUUGCAAUCAUUUUACUAUAAUGAAAUAAAAUUUUUCUUAUAGAUUAUGAAGGAUUCGUCAUAAUCAUUGUUAUUUUGUAACACAACUUCUUUCAGGGGAGGGGAGGGGAUAAAAUUGUCCUUCUUUUUGGCUAAUCCAGGAAUAUUUUACCCACGUUGUGUGGAGUUUUUGCAUUCCAAAAUGAGAUUUUUUGUUCUUUUAUGCUUUGCCAAAAUGUAAUACAGAGUACCAAUGAAUCAAUAUUGAAAUAUAUUUUAGCAUGGUUACUGUUAUUGUUAUGUCUAUAAUCUUUGAGGUUAGCAACCUGCACAACAUACUAGUUUUUGUUGAAAUGCAUUGACGAUUUUAUGUAUGAAUAAUUGACCCUUAAUCCUCUAAGAGUGACAAGGAUAUAAUUUCUCCCCAGAAUAUCACCCCUGAAUCUCAAAUUCAGGUCACUAGAAUAAAGGAAAUAAUCACCAAGUAAAGAAGCUCUUGAUUAUUAAAAUUAUUUCUCAUAGUCGGUACCCUAGGAAAUGUAUAGAAAAUAAUAUCAAGAUUAUACAAACUUGUGUUAGAGUGAUAAGAACCUUUGUGGAUUUCAACUUUGAUUUCCUUCUCCCAGGCUGGUUGGCGAGAAAACCAAGUCACAUUUAUGAAUGAAUUGAGGAAUCUUCAAGCAAAUGGUCUGUCAACUCUAGGAACUGCCUUGAAAGAAGCAUUUGAUCUUUUGAACUUGUACCGUCUCCAUUCAGGGAUUGAUAACUAUGGAAUGGUAAGAUGAACUAAAAUUUGGUAAAAAAGGUUUUUGAAAUAGACUACAACCUUCUGAUACACUGAAUAAACUUUUCUCUUUCAGGGUCGAAAUCCAUUUUUUGUAGAGCCAGCUAUGGUUGUUUGUAUUACAGAUGGAGGUAAACUUUCUUCUCAAAGUGGUGUUCAGGAAGAGGUAAUGAAAUUGUAAUUCUGGGGUCAAUUUCAAGCAAAGGUGGUUGUAUUGAAGUGGAUAAUUGAUCAAGUUCCUGGUUUACUGGCUUGCUGUAUAGCUGAGUCACUGUUUAAUUGGCAUAUUGAUGUCAUCAACUAGCUGAUUGAUUGGCAUACUGACCAAUUUGUAAACUGAUUGAUUUAUAAUGUAACAGUAGAACCCUGCUAACUUGAGCUGUGAAUAGAAAUGAAAAAUGGCUCAAGUUGAUGGGAGUUUGAGUUAUCGGGAUUGUGUUGAAUUUUAAAUUUCCCUUUAAUAAUUGAUAAACAAUAUUGUUUUUUGCGCAAUCAGCAGGCCUUUUCACACCUUGAGUUUUUUUUGUGAAAGUGUUUUUGUAAGAUUGUUUAUUUUGGGAAGUUAAGUUAAAUGUACUACAUUAUCACUUUCAUAUUAAUUGAGUUCUGAUACAUUUAUCAACCAAAGCUUUUGGUCAAAUUUCAAGUUAACCCGUUAAGUCCCAUUAGUGACCAAGACAGAAUUUCUCCUUACAUUAUCAGUACAAUAUCAAGCAGACAAGUAAUGAGAAUUAAGAAAAAUAUCAAUUAGGGGAUUAUUUGUUGAUUCAAUUCCAAAUUCUCCAAACUAGCAUCACAUAAAUUGCAUAGCAGACAUUAAGGAGAAUUACUCAUGAAAUAUUGGGAGUUGAAGGGUUAACAGUGUACAUAUGAGCCUAGGGGAAGGAAAAUUAGCUUGAGUUAACAGGGAUUCUGAAUUAACCAAGUUUGUGUUAGCUGAUAGUAAAUGAUUCAAAAAUACAAGGUCAAAUCCAAGGGAAAUUGCACUUUGUGCAAGGUAGUGGGUAGUUUGAGUAAGCCAAGUUCUAGGUAUCAAGUUCUGCUGCAUUCAUAUAUUUAUUGAUUUUUCUUUUUUUGCAGCUUCAUUUGCCUAUGCACACAACUUUACCAGGACAUGAGUUAACUGCAGAGCCAUUUCGUUGGGAUCAGCGGUUGUUCUCAAUCAUACUUCGCAUGGCUGGAACAAGAAGUUCAAUGUUGGGAAAGAUGGGAAUGCAAAAUAUUGAACCUGCCAUUGCUGCUAUGUGUGAUGUUACAGGAGGUACAGUUAUUAGUCAACUGAGUUUUUGGAUGAUGUUUUAACUUUACAAUGCUCUUUAAUUUCCAAACUGUAUGGCCAGUAUUUAAUUUGACUACAUUUGCAUUUGCUUUUUUUAUUUAUUUCUCUUUUAUUUUAUCUGAUGUCUGAUGUGUUUUUAUCAGGGCGAUGUUACAAGGUUACCUCAUCAAAGUCCUUAGGACAAGCAUUGGAAUCUCUUGCACAGAAAGUGCAGUGUGGUGUGGUGAUGAACUUUGAGAAGAUUGGAGGAGCCAGUAAUCUUCCUCCUCCGCCCCCAGAAGGUACAGUAGAACAAGAGUCUUCCAAUUCAUGAAAUAUCAAAAACUGGAUCAAAUACAUAUCUCUUAAGAAAUAAAACCUCAGAAAUUUCACUUUAUGUAUAUGUAUUGAUUGAAGUUUAUCCUUAGUUUUAUCUGUGUUAAGCAAAUGUGAAAUGAAUACCAGUAUGUGUAUUCUUGCAUUAUCAUCAUAGUAAUUUGAGGAAAAAAUUAAAAAUUUAACUAGUGGGAAAAAAACAUCUGUGAGACCACAACAUAUGCACUGUAUGUAUCCUUCUUUUCUUUUUCUGGGGAAAUAUAUUUCACAUGGCCUUUGUUUUGUCUGUUAUAUGGCUCAACAAAAAUUUGCAUAACUGCUGCAAAAGAAAUAAUUGAAUUAGUUGCUGUGAGACAACUACUGGUUACCCUGUUUAUGUUGUGGUUUAUUCAAGAAAUAGAAAGCUAGAGGCCAAGUAGGUAAAAAUUUUUAGCACUACCAAAGAGUUUUACCAUGGAUGUGGGGAGAAACCUUAGCUUUAGAUCAGAGGGAGAUUCCGAGGAGUGUUCUUUCAGCUAAAAUGCAGGCUCCAAACCACUCUAACAUCCUUCCUCUUGCUUCCUGCUUUAUUUCUUUUCUUGCUAUUUUUGCUUCCUCUCUUCCUGUCCUUUAUCUUGCUGUUGUAAGCUGCACUCUUCAUUUUAUUUCUGUUUUCUGUAUCUUUUUUUAUUUGGUUAUCUAACUUUUAGUUUCAAAGAGCAACAUGGCUGAUGCACGGGAGACAGAUUCUCCAACUCCACCCCUACAUAAUCAUGUGAUGAAUAAUGUGGACCUUUCCAAGGAGGACGCAAAAGAGAAGAACUCCCAUGGUAAUGAGGAAAACCAUGUAACUGGAAAAAUUGAUGGGUCAACAGCCAGGCAAGUUUUUCAUGGAGAGGGUUGUAUGCUAUUGUGUGCAUGAUCACCAACUUUCAUAAGAAUAUAUAGAAAAUAGUCAUCUUCUCUUUGCACACACAGUUGUUAGAAUGUUGCAUCAACAUCAAGGAGGUUGGUUGUUUUAAAGGUUUCUUUUUCAAGUUGUAUUGAUUUAUAACUUCUGAAGGAAGACCAGUCUCUUCAUUUAUUUCUCUUCAAUUUCUUAAGAUGGAGUCUGUUGAAUACAAAUGUUAAGAUUUCUUGUAGAAUAUUUUCCCAUUUUUGGAGUUGCCAAUUUAGCCUCCUUUUGUACCUUUUUGGUGAAGUGCAAUUAGCGAAUUAAAAGUUCUUUAAUCCCUGUUUUUUUUAUCAUUUAAAUUUCACAGUUCAUUUUUGAGACUCAGGUGGAUAUUUAGUCUUCAUAAAAUUUUUAAUAACCUUUCUUUCCACCAACAGAAGUCAGCAGGUUGGAAGUAACCAUCUUUCCCCCCCAUCUAUGAACAAUUCUUUGCCUGAGGACUCUCCUGGUGCCAUGGGGAUGCCAAGAUCAAUCACAAGCUCCCCUGUUCCACCAAGUGUGCAGUCAACUGCAUGGAUGAGUUGUCGCAGGAUGAUCUAUAUCAAAUCCUCUCCUCCGUCUGGGCACUGGCCAGUACCAGAAUCUUUCUGGCCUGACCCAUCUAUGCAAACACUGGUGAGAAUACUUUUACAGAACAGUACUCAAUUGACACUCACCUCCCUUGGAAUUUCUAAGACCGUACGAAUUUCUCAUUUUUGUACUUUCAUUUUAAGCUUUAAGCUUACACCUUUUUGUGUAAGACAGAAUAUUUUUUCUGCAUUUUGGCUGAUCAGUAGAAAAACAGGAAUGUGUUCAGCAGAGACUUAAAUUGCUUUUGGCAAAUGUCAAUGGGAGGUUUUAACAAUUAUUAUAAGUGAAAGUGAAAAUGUUGUUUCAAAGAUUUUGCUUAAUGUUCUUCAAUCAAUGAAAAGAGGAAUACUUUGUGAACUUAUUUUGGCCUUUAAAUGAGCUACAUUUAUGUGUAAUCAGAGGGUUAUACAUUUUUGUUCUUCACCAGUUGGAAGUAGUCCAAACUUUUCAGUACAUGUGAUACCAUCAUUUAUGUGGAUGAGAAAUUCACCCUUCUUAGUGGCUUUAUGGGGAAGCAUUUGUUUUCUAGUUUUUGUGGGGGUGUUUCAGAUGAAAACACCUGUCCAAUCACAGCUUCACCAGAUGGGGAAUUUAUUAAAGGAUGAUUUUUUGUCAAUGUUACUAAUUUUCUGAAAUGAUAUCACAAAUCCUUAUUGCUGCAUCUCAUUGAAAUCUUCUUUUAAUUAGUGUGUUUUGUUUUGCUGACAACCUUGAAUUGGUUCAAUCAUCCAAGUUCUUAUCUUAUCUGUGUUUUCAGCCUUCAAGAGAUGCCCACCCCAAUGUGUUGUUUUCUUGCAAUAAUUCUGAACCUAUGGUUCUUGAUAACUUGCCAUUUGACAAAUAUGAGUUGGAGCCAUCACCACUCACUCAAUACAUUUUAGAGAGGAAAUCACCAUCAACCUGUUGGAUGGUAUGUCAAGAUUGAGUUAACCCUUAAACUCCCAUAAAUGAUCAAGACAAAAUUUGUCCUCAUAAUAUCAAUACAAUAUCAAGCAGAUAAGUGAUGAGAAUAAAGAAAAAUAUGAAUUGGAGGAAUGGUAGCUGAUUCAAACUAAUAUCAUGAGAAUUAUAUAACAGAUUGUAAGGAGAAUUACUAAGGUGAUCUCAGGAGCAAAAGGUUUAAUCCACAGUUAAUAUAAUAGCCCAAAAUCAAAAUAUUAAUUCUUUGUGAAGUUUAUGUUACAUCUUGUAUAAUUUAGUACUUAAAAUUUUGGAAUUGCACUAUACCCUUGGGUUGAUAUUUUUCCCUUCUAAUCCUGUUCUGUUGAAAGUAUCUUAUGAGGAUAUCAGGAGAAAUCCUUUCAAUCACUCCAGUGAGUGGAAGGGUCAAUUAAUGAUAGCCACUUGCAUAUCUAGAAUUUUUUCUGCAUGCAGAGAAAGUCCUGGUUGAUAGCCAUGGCUAGUUGAUUCCCUUCAGGCAAGUGGAUUUGAUUCAUCACUUGCUGAAGGGGCAAGUAACAGAUUUUCACUUUUCUGUUUUAAGAUGAGAAUGGUCAGUACAAAGAACCUUAGGGCUAGAGGAAAAUGGUUCCAACUUGCCCAAAGGGCAAACUGAAAAAUCAAUUUCCUUUGCGCCCUGGCUUUGAGUUUUACAAACACUUAAAGUUUUUAUUCCUGCCCAAUAAUCCAAUGAUAUACUGAUGACAACAAUAGCUACAUAAUAUUGCGAUUCUAGUCACAGUAAAAAGGCAUUCAUACUGAUAUAAGACUCUGUGAUUUGGCCUGGAUUGCAUUCUUAUCUGGGAAAAUGUUUUGAUAUGAUUUUAAACUCUGUUGAUACUUAGUAGGUAAAAAUCAAGGGCACUUGAGGAAGCCAGAAUAAAUGGUUUUACAUAGGUGAAAAUGCAGUUUCAAAUUAAGAUAUUAUUUGCAAAUGCUUGUAGCAUAGAAAUAUGAGGGGAACAUGAUUAAGCAUGUUGACUGUAGUUUAAUUACCGGAUGGUUUAGCUAUAUUUUUGUUAAUGAAAAUUUUUUUUUUGUUGCUUUUAGACUUUCAUUCAUAACAGUUAUAAGAAAUCAGGUGAAGUGGGACAUCCCUUUGGAUAUCUAAAGGCAAGCAGUAAUCUUCAAACAGUGAAUCUGUUUGUUAUGCCAUACAAUUUUCCAGUGCUGUUUCCUGUAAUAGGUAAGAAAAUUGAGUGCAAUUUGUUGAGUUUGAAAUUGCUAUGAACCUGGAAUCCUUACUGAUACUGUAUGGAAACAUUUGCAUUCUUCACAUUAAUUGUGCUUUUAAAGGGUCUUGAUAUUAGCAGGCAAGUCAAGAAUUUAAAGAAAGCAACAAAACUUUUGAGUCUGUAAAACAUGUUUCAACAAAAACUUCUCUCAUCUUCAGUUAAUUACUGUACAAAGCAUUGGAAGUUGAAUUAUAGUAAGUAGAACAAUGCCAAUUAUGAUGAAUAGUGACAACAAGAAAAAAGGUAAAGCAUGAAAGUGAGAGAAUUAAAAAGAUAUGUACAGACUCAAAAGUUUUGUUGCUUUCUUUAAAUUGUGCUUUUGUACUGAUAGUAAUAAUACCAUUAUUUUGUGGUAAUUGAGAAGGGAAAAUUGUUGGGUCCAUAAUGAAUGAACUGAGGAAAGUGUCGGUACUCAGCUUUUGUGUUUUGUCUAGAAAAUGAAAUAUUAAGAAACAUUGUGUACUUUUGAAGUGGAAAAAACUUUUCUGGAGUGUGGCCUAUUCUUGUCUGUUGUCUCAAAUAAAUGUUUAUAAUUAAAAAAGGUCACAAAAAUUGGACAGAAGAGUGGGUAGUAAACACAAUCAGGAUUUGUUUGUGACUAGUUUUAACUUCUUGUAAAAGAGUAAGUUUUACCAGCUGGCUGCCACCUCUGUAGGAGGCUGACUCUCACAGCUUCUGUCUUCAUAUGAUGGUCUUGUUGGCCUAUUAUUGUACAUCCUGUGCACCUUUUGAGGUUGGUUGGUAUUCCUGUGACCUGUAACUCAUUGUUAUUUUUCUUGAUUUUUGUGCACAAGCAUGAUAGAUAGAUUAUUGUGCACAUGAGAGAUUCUACCUCAAUGCACGAUUCUUUUCUUUCUUCAAUUUAUAAAAUGUACGAUCAUUUUUUUUAAUUGAUUAUAGUUGACCUCUACUAACUCAAACCUAGUUCGCUUGAACUCCCCUCUAACUCAAACAACAUCUAAGUUCCCUUGAAUUUGAUCCCAUUUUUCCAAUCAUUUCCUAUCAGCAAACCCAGAUUUGGUUUACUCAAACUCUCCUUAACUCAAACUUUUUAUUUCCCUUGGCUCAAAUUUACCAUGAUAACCCAAAAUUAAUGUAAAAACAUCAGUCUAUAAUUGUGCCAGAAUGGUAAAAUCAUGAUUCCAUAUUUAUUAUCAAAAGGAUAAUAGAAAGUCAAAACCAACCCAGAUGUUAAAUUGCAAAGUUGUCUUGUUAUCUUAAAAAAAUAGGGGUUGAGGAUGUUUUUUUUUCCCCAUAUUUGUGUCAGGCUUGUUAAAACAAGAGUAUGUGUACAUCUUUCAGAUGAACUUGUGAAAGUUCUCAAGAUGAAACCAACUCCAAAGUGGAAGGAAAAGUUUGAAAACUACCUUUCUACAAUGCCUAAUUACUAUGCUGGGGUGAGUGACAGGAACAACUGUUAUUUUAAAUUGUAUAGCAACCUGAUAGUUCACAUGUAAAGAUUUUUAUGACUGAUGGCUUACUGCUAUAUGUUACUGAAAUUCUAGCUCAUCUUUUCAUCGUCAUGUAUUAAUGUAUCAAUGAUAAUUGUAUUUUUUCUUUCUUUUUGUUCAUGCAAUGUGCAAAAUUGUAUGAUAUUGUAAUAGAUUACUGGGUAAAUUUUGCAAAACUGACAUCACCGUCACAAGUCAUUAACCAAUGUUACCAUUUGUCUGAUAAGUAAUAGAUCACAGAUGACAUCAAAAUGUGUUAAGAACAAAAAACAGGCUCAGAAGGUGCAGCUGAGUUUGUCACUAGUGUUCUUACCACAUUUGGAUGUCUUCUGUGAUCUAUUACUGAACAGACCCACACUAUAAUUGUUCUAUAAUUAUGUUGUUCAUGUUGCACGUGUCUUUUCUUCGAUCUUAAGUAGUAAUCAAUCUAUGUAAGUGAUUAAUUCAGCUUAUCUUUUAAAUUAAGUGGACUUUAAUUUUUUUUUACAGCCUCUUCGCAAUGCAUUUCGUCGCAUGGGAAUCCCACCCUCAUUUGUUCCAGAUCACUUGGACUCUUUCCUAAGUUACACAGUUGUGAAUUAUCUCAAGAAAGUCAAACAACAGGUGAGGAACAGGUUGAGAGGGGGCAGGGGGGGUAUUAGGUUUCCUGGAACUUCAAGGGAAAGAGAAUUUUUUUAUUUAUACACUCAGGUUUUGGGAACCAUGGAAUACCUUAGGAUGUUGUAGUGUUUAUACCAAGAAAAUAAAACCAAUAAACAGCAUUGUCUGUAUCACUGAUUGUCAUUUGAUUGAGGCACAGUGAAAGUUAGGUGACUGAUUUUUGACCUUAAAACUGUAAUGGCAUUUUCACCAGCAACCUUCGUCAUUUCUAAAGGUACUUGAAUUGCAUGAGCCAUGCGUUGCCAAGCGUCAAAUGUGAAAGCCCUUCCAAAAGAGGUCAAACAAUAUGAGGUCCCUGAAAUUGGAGCCAAUUGCUCAUGAUAACAACUUGAUUUUAACAUCAAAAUGUAGCUUCCAAACUUCUAUACUACCAUGCAAUAGAAAAUCCAGAAGUCAGUGCAUUCAUGUGAGGUUUGUGCAAUCUUCAUUUUUAAUAUCUUUGAACUGGCUUCCUGUUGUCUGCAAUGAUGAAAAUGCUUAUUAUUGCUCUUUUAAAACCUCUUUUUAGCAAAGGAAGAUUGCAUGUCACAUGUAGUUUUUUCACUCAAGGGCUGAGAAAACUUCAACAUGAAUAAGAUGGUAGCUCAGAACAGGAAAGGUGGCCCUUAUUAAAUUAUACAAUUGAAUAUACAAAAACCCUCCUGAUCACCUGUGUUUUUUAUAGUAUAAGUCUGUGCAGAAAAUUAUGAGAUGAUGCAUUAUGUGUAGAAUAUAAAAAGUAGAUAGACUACCUUAUAGAUACAAAUAUAACAUAUUAAUGUACAGUAUAAACAGAUGUUAAUCAUCUGCUAAGCAGCUGGUUUCUUAAAAAAUGGUACAUCUGUAUCGUGGGUCUUUUUCAAUUCCAUCCUCUCUGGUUAUUUUUCAUCUUUCCCAUCCUUAGGUUUGCUGAUCAUUAUUAUCAUUAUUAUUAUUAUUAUUAUUAUUAUUAUUAUUAUUAUUAUUAUUAUUAUUAUUAUUAUUAUUAUUAUUAUUAUUACUAUUAUUAUUAUUAUUUCUUUCAAAUAGAAAAAAGUUUUGUGCAGCACAUUAGCUUUCUUUCAAUAUUAAGACAAAGCUCCUUAAAACAUGUCUUGAACAUUUCAAAAAUCUACUCAAGCCUUAAUCUCAAAGCUUUUGUGAAUAGUGGAUUUCAAAGUUUUGAAGGACUGUCAUUUUAAUAUGAUUUGUGUGGAAAGUGGUGUUGUCAUUUGCACAUUGUUUGAACUUGGGUAAUAACAUAGUUGUAAUGUUGUUUACAGAGUAAAAUGGAGACAGAGAGACUGAUUUCUUUAGUUGGCAAAAACCCUGCAAGGGAAACUGUUCCAAGACCACUUUUAAGGUUGGUUAUUAAUAUUGAUAACAUAUCAGAAGCAUCAAACACUUGUAAAUUUGUUUUGUUUUACUGGUCAAGGGCCAACUUGUAUGUCGAAGACAACUUUAUUUAGCUUUUGGGUAUUUUGAAUUUCUGCUUAAACCAAUAGUGUUUCUUUAUCAGUAGAAACAGGUAUUUAGAGUUUAGUGGCCUAAAUAUGUCAUUAGUGUUUUUUUUUUUUUUUUUUUUUUUUUUUUUUUCUUAAAUGAAAAAAAAAAAUUUGGUGGAAACAAACUUCCUUAUGCAUAUAUCUUAACACACCUGUGCACGUAAUAAUUUACAUGUUUAUAUCUUGCAGUGUACGGACACCCCAGCUACCCAAAGCCAAGAAACAAGACUUUCAUGCAUUGUUACACAACAGGAAUUUUUCUACUAGCUCUGAAGAUCACAGAAUAUCAAGGUAAGACUACUCUUAGACUCCUAAGAGUGAUCAGCUUCUAAUUUCUUAGAAUGGUAUCACCCCCAAACACUUUCAAACACUAAGGUCAUGAGAGUAAAGCAAAUGAUUGUAAAUGCAAGAAGCUCUUGACUGUUUGACAAAUUGGCCUGAGAAGUACAUGCACAUAACUGUAGGAAAUGUUUUGAGAACAGUCUGGAGAACCUUGAAACCAAUGUUAAGGUGUGAGGGGUUAAUGUUUUUAUGGUAACCAAAACUACAAUAGAGUAGCAAGGUGAGAGGUGAAUGGUUACUGAUGUGUUAGUCUGGAAAAUUGGAUUAAAAAAUCUGUAUCAGCAUCUUAUCUGUUUCAAUCUGGGAGAGACUGAAACAAUUAUCUUCUUUUAUUUUCUUGUAUUUUCCUAUUUUAGUGAGACUGAUAUCAGUAUCCCCAAUGCCUCACUGCAUAAUGUUAAACAGGUUUGUAUCAAUUUGAAACAUUGAAAAACUAAGAAAAUUAGAAUUUCUUAUUAAUAUAGGAGCAUUUCUUGAUUUGAUUGUUGUAUAGAAUAUUUUAUGUUGUUUUUUAGAGUGUCAGAACCCAGAGCUACAAGAAUCCAUUUGACAUUUCAAGACAAGAACUUCUAGAUCAAGUAUCACGGAUGAGAAUAAACUUUUUCCACACUGCGGCAACAUCAACCAGACUACAAGAUGAAGGUUUGUAAUCACCUCUUUAUCACUCAUUGACGUAAAACUUUUCAUUCUGUUUGCUUCAAGUGUUGUCACUUGAAAGAUCCUCUCUUCAAUCCCCAUUGUAGCACAGGUAUUGUAAAUAAAUAGAAAGCUUCUUUACUCUUCGACAAGGGUUUGUCGUCAGUCUCUAUUACAAAGAUUAUAAGUGUAAAAUACAUUUCUAGUUUUGAUUAGCUUAGCAGCCAUAGUAGUGGUGGUGCCCAGAUACAUGUAGUAGGGCCAAGUGAAAGUCAUGAAUUUUCUCAAUCAGAAAUGAGCCACCUUGUUAACUCUUUGAGCCCUAAGAGUAACUAGCAUCUAAUUUCUCCAACAAAAUCACCCUCAAAUCACACAUUAAGGCCACGAGAAUCAAGGAAAUGAUCACCAGUUAAAAAAGGUCUUGAUCAAUAAACAAAUUCUCCUUGUCAGCACCUCAGAAAAUGUAUAGAGAAAAAUAUUGAGAACACACAUACUGAUGUUAGAGUUAAGAGAGUUAAAGUGAAAAUUAGAUAAAAAUGCUCUUUUGACCAUAUCCCAACAGAUGCCCGCCACAGUGUUGCAAUUGCAGAAAUGGGAAAUUAUCAAGAAGUACUGAGGCAGAUGAGUCCUUUGCGUGAAGUUGAUCCAGGACAAAACAGGGUGCACAUGUUUGGAAACCCUUUUAAGCUGGCAAAAGAUCAGGUAAAAGUAACAUACAGCCUAAAUUUAAGGAAUGGUUAUUUAAUGAUGUAACCAUUUUAAGUAAAAGAUUUUGGCUUUUGAAUGGGUUUGUCAAUGCUUUUAGUGCAGUGUGUUUUUGUAAUCUGUUGAAAUAAUAUGUAUCGUUAAGAACUUUGCUCUUUAGUUUAAACUGCAAAAUAGAAGUAUUGAACAUACUUGUAGUUAUGAAUUGGAAACAUUAAGCAUUUCAUAGAGAACUCUUUUUCAAAUAAUGAUACUUGAUAAAACUGGAUUUUUCAACCCCACAUAUUUGAAAAAAUAUUUUGGUAAACAUCUGCCAUAAGAUAUUGUUUUUAUUUAUCUUUUACUUUUUUCAACCCACUGAUGAUACAUACUGCCAAAUCAGAUCUAACAUUCCAGGGGAUUGUUUUUGUUCUUUAACAAAAGACUCCAUGUUGCUGUGCAUCUUUUAAUAAUUGAUCCCAGAUGUCAUCAGAAUGUGUGAGAAUAUUAGAGCUGCACAUCAGUUGUAGCAAAGUGUGUCACUGAUGUCCUUUCCACAUUGUGACAUUUUUUGUGAUCCAUUACUAUACAGACCCACAGUAACAUUAGGUCUGUUUGUUUUAUAUGAUAACAAAGAAAAAUUUUGUUAAUGGUGGCAUGAUCUUUGCGUCUAUCAUCCAAUAGUUAGAUCUCAAUAACCAAUCAAAAUGCUUGCAUGAUGCAGUUUGUCAUAUAAAAUUGUAUUCUCAUCUUCCCCUUUUACUUUGAUUGUCUUUUUUUGGUUGUUGUUUUCCAGCGAGUUAUGGUUGAUGAGGCAGAUGUUAAUGAAGCAAUGGCAGGUCCUCCAUCGCGUAAAAGGCCUCCUAUAGAUAACAGACCUGGAUCUCCAAGGGACAGAAAGAGACAACAGGAAACACCUCCUGUGAGGUGGCCUAAUAAAGCAACUCAAAAUGGAGGAAAUUCUUUAAUACCCCCUCUGAACAACAAAGUACCUUCUGACAAAAACUUAAUAUCUCAGGAUGGAAAAACGAACAAUGCCUUUUCAGGGAGACAUCAUGGAUUACAUGGAAUAAAACGGAAGCUGAGUGAAGGAAAUGACAGAGAACACAAGUCCCUGAAGUCUUCAAAAGGUUCAAUUAAACCACAACUCGCAAUACUACAACAGCAACACAAUAAAGGAAAGUUUAAUAAGAAACUUCAACCUUCAUCAAAGACUGAUGCAAAUAAUUCUUCCAAGAAUGAUUUUGUCUCCUCAAUUUUAAAGGAAGCUGUGACUUCACAAACUAAAACGUUUUCAGGCCAAGGGCGGCCAGUUAUGAAUUCUAAUGAAGGCAUGCUGGAUAAAAACAAACUUACAAACUCAGAAGUGGCAGAAGUGCUUGCUGAUGAAGUUGUGAAAGAAAGACCUAAGGGCCCAUCUCCAAGGCUGCUUAAAAAGCAACUUGCUCGUGAAGCCUCUGAAGAAAACAGGCUAAUACGAAACCGUAUAUUUAAGGAAAUCAGACGACCAGAGAUAAGUAAGUUUUUAGGUUGCCUGUCUAUUUGUGUGUUUUUAUGUCUGUUCCAAUCUGUCAGUCUACCUGCUUGUCUGGAUUAUUGAGGGUUAAUGCCCAAUCAAAUUGGUGCCGGGGAAGAUUAAGCCUGUCUUCAAGAUCUGUACAAUAAUGCACCAUCUUAUUUUCUUAAUGGUGAGAUCAAUCAGUGGAAAUAGAUGAAAUAACAGGUGAGGUCUUGGAAAGGUGGAGGGAGUUUGUUAAAAAAUUAUUUGAAUAUGUGAAUUGCAUUGAUAAGGAAAGAAAGUGAAAUGAAAAAAUUUCAAAGUUAAUUUUUUUAUAUUUGAACUCAGUUAAUUUUGUGUGCAGCACAGAUUUUAUAAUUUCAGAUCACCAAGAGAAAAUCAACCUUUAUCCUCUUGAGGUUACCUUAUGCAACUUAACUUGAAUAAAACCUCAGGGUUUUCUUUAAGGUUUUAAGUAGCCAAAGCUUUUUUAAAGGUAAACAGUUGUGGGUCUCAAAAUCCAAUAUGGCGGACAAAACAUCCUAUCGUUUGUACUUUCCUGCCAUCACAGCAAGAUUUGUCAAAAAGACAGUCCCCAUCAGAAUGUUUUUAAACUAACCUUGAGUCAGAUGUCUUUUUAUGUUUUCAGAAAACAUAGGCAGUGCAAAUUUAUAUUUUUAUUGAGCCCAAGUUUAGACCUGAUAAACAUCAUCUCUGUACGGGCUCUCAUAGCAAUGAAAGUAGCCACCAAAACCUUGCAGAGCAGAGAAGCCGGCAUACUUCGCUGGCUGCUGGCUCUUAUCUACAACCCUGAAUCUUGUGAUGGCUGGGAGUUAAGUAAAAAAGUGUGGUUUGAAAAAUCUGUUAUUUUUGGAAUUGAAUCGCUCAAAUAAUAAUACGAUUCAAGUGGGAAUAAGAACAAUACCUCAAUAUCAGGCGUCUUUUAAAAAUGAGUCUGUUGGUGGCAAGUCAAACAAGGUGUUAAAAUGAGGAAAAGAUGUAUGUUGUUUUUGGUAGUAAUGAUGAUUGUAAUGUUGUGGUGGCCAUAUGGCCUACUUUUGCCCUCACUAAUCCUAAGUAGUGACCUAUUUUUCGAUAUUCUCUACAGGUGAUGAAGAUAUCUUUGAUCAUGUUUUAACCUUGAAAGGAUCACUUGAAGUGCAGGGCUCCUUCGUACAAGAAAUUAUUGAAGAGGCAACCCUCUUCAAGAAGAAAUCGUUGAUUGAAAAGCUUUCAUCUCACCUCACCAGCUUAAUAGAGAGAGACUCUCCCAAAUCUGAUGAAAUUGAACUUUCAGAGAAAAAAAGAUAGCACAUGUUUUACAUUGCCAAAUUGGAAGUGUGGAAAACUGCUCUCAAUGUCUCUGGUCAUAUUUUGUGGAUGAAAUUGAUAAAAGCACUUAGUGAGUUGCAUCAACUCAUUUUAUAACUGUAAAUUACUUCUUGCUUAAAGCAACAAUAGUUGUGAUUUCAGUCACAAUUUUCUAGUUCCUCUUUCACAUAAUUCCAGCACCACUUUAGUCAUUUGGGUGAAUAAUUGCAUAAAACUUCCAGUAGCUGCUUUUGUUUCUAAAACAAGUUGAAUUACAAAUUCCUAAAAGUAAAGUGUCACUGUGACAUGACACUAAACCACAUAUUUGUAAGUUGUGUCCUGCUAGUUGUGCAUGCAUCAGUAUGUCUCCCUCUGGAUUUGUACUUCAUGGCUUUUUGAUAACAACAAUUUUUUCCUCCUUUUGGUAGAGUCGUUCAUGUCCAUAAUGUUAUUACUGUCAGAAAAUAAAGCAAACAAUU